AUAUGACCACAGCAACAAAUGGAGGAAAAACAGGGUGAUUAAAAAAAAAGUUGAUGACCCUUUCUCUCGACUUUUCUUUCAUACGUGGCUCUGGAAAGUCAUGACGCCAUCACAGAGGGCCCGGUAUGGAAGCGAUGCGCGUAACCUUAAAUGGAGAGGUGCAGAUCAUCCGGUUCCCUUGUUGAAGUGUGCAGGAGAUGGACCCCAACCAUGGCCCCUUCGUCCCCACCCUAAGGGACAGGUCCACAAGUCCAACUUCCCUCCUCCUCCUCCUAACCUUCACAUUUUCCACACUCGACAUGCAGAGGAGAGCGCUGAGAGGCCUCAUUUGAUCACUAUCGUCCGUCCUUGUGGUCAGAGUACAUUACGCAAGGUGACAGUCCUGUUGAACCGCAGAGGUGUGGUGUCUUUCGAGCAACUGCUAUUGGAUAUCUCUGAAGCGUUGGGAUUUCCACGCUGGCACCGAGCCAGAGUCACACGCCUCUACACGACCCACGCACGAGAGGUUAAAGGCGUGUGUGAUUUCUUCAGAGGUGAAGUGGCUUUCCUGGCACUGGGUAAAGCUCGUCCUGAUCUGAGCAGUGUGCAAGAGGCUCUUGAGGAGCUGUUUCCAGAACACUCUCAUUACCAGGCUGAUUUACUGCUGGCCUGGGAGAAAAGACUGCGCCCAGCGCCGGAUAAAGCAGCUAAGGCUGAUAGCGGCUUCAGUGAGGGGACGGACAGCAGCGAGACACAAACUAAACAUGAAUCAGACCAGGACACAAAUACACACAUCAAAAUUCAAACUAAUGCACACACAAAAACACAGCCACCUCAACAUAUGGACACGCAUCUGUCUGAAAAGUGUCAGAAAAAGAAUUCCUGUCGAAAACCUGCUCACAAGCCAAACCACCUGCAGAGACUAAGGAUGAGGGGCGGAGUCAGGGAGAGUCCACCUUCUGUCAUUGGUCCCUUUAAACAUGAGGAAAGUCAUAGAGGAGUAGACAUACCCUCUCCUGCACUGUGUGAAAACUGCUUUGCAAGAAGAACCAAACAUCAGGCAUCAGAGCCCAUUACACUCUCAGUUAGGGUCCCACUUCCUCCUGUGUCAAGGAAGCAAAAAGAAGGUUUCCAGACAGAACAGGAAGGGCAAAAAGUGUAUGUUCAUAAAAGUCCUCCUCCUCAGCUAAUCUGCAAACAGGAGGAGACAAGAAUUCCCCAAUUACAGCUUUUAAAUCCACUUCCAGAUGUGGGACAAAAAUUCAUUCAGCAGCAGGCGACCCUUGACCUUCCCUUGGAUGGCAGUGAUGUCACCCUAGCAGACAUUGAACGCUACUAUGAAAUAGGACGUGUGGUUGGAGAUGGCAACUUUGCAGUGGUGCGAGAAUGCCGCCGUCGUGACAACGGGCAAACCCUCGCCAUGAAGAUUGUCGAACGAUCCAAGCUGAUUGGUCGAGAGCACAUGAUGCAGAACGAGCUGAGUCUCCUGGGAAGCCUGUGUCACCCUCGCAUAGUGCGGCUGUUUGUGCACCACCACACACACACUCACUCAUACCUGGUGAUGGAGCUGGUGAGCGGGGGGGAUCUGUUUGAGACCAUCAGUGAGAGAGGGAAGUUUUCAGAAGAAGAGGCAGGACUGAUGGUGUCAGACGUGAGUGAUGCACUGAACUUCAUCCACAGCAAAAGUAUUGUCCACCGAGACCUCAAACCAGAGAACCUGCUGAUAGAGCGUGUAGCUGCUGACAUUUGCAGGCUAAAACUGGGAGACUUUGGUCUUGCCAUGGUCGUCACUGAACCAGUCUUCACUAUAUGUGGUACUCCCACAUAUGUAGCCCCGGAGAUUCUCUGUGAGACAGGUUAUGGAGUUGCAGUGGAUGUUUGGGCUCUGGGUGUUAUUCUCUAUAUACUGCUGUGUGGAUUCCCUCCAUUUCGCAGUCGGGACCGAGACCAGGAAGAGCUGUUUCAGCUGAUAAAACAGGGACAACUCUACUUCCUACCCCCCUACUGGGAUCCUAUUUCAGAAGAAGCCAGAGGCCUGGUCAGAGCUCUGCUUCAACCAGAUCCCACAGUGAGGCUGACAGCAAAGCAGACCUUGUUGCAUCCCUGGGUGAAGGCUAUGGCUUCAACCUGCAGGCAGGGGGCACUCACAGACAAAGCUCAGAGAAUUAAAGCAGCUACAGGAGCAGAACCAGACAGAGACCAGAGACAAGUCCAGACCAAUUCAGCAGAAACAGAGACAGAGAACACAACAGGACUCAGAAGCAGCAGCAUGGGAGAAAUCACUGAUGAGGGGAGAAGUGAGAGACAGAGUGAGAUGAACACAGUAAGAGGACACACUGAGGAAAAGACACAACAACAAGAGACAUGUACAGUCAACAAAAUAUCCCCUCAGUUCAAAGUGCACACAACACCAGUGGUCACACCUAGUCAACAGAGACCGGAGUGCGCCUCUCCAGACUCUGAAACACCUGACUGGGGGCCGAGCAGACAAGAAAUACAGGAUCAAGAUCCCAGCGAAACCAGCCCGGGUGUUGAACUCAGUCAACUCAGUGCUCCAUCAGUCCAAACUGAACCUCUGGCAGAGAUAAAAACACCCUCAAAACAAAACAGCCAACAGCAGUCACCUCCAUGUUCACCACUUCCAACCAAUCAGGAACAAUCAGGAGGACAAUAAAUGCAACACCAACCCAUAUUUUAUAAACAACCCCACUCCACCCAUAUAGGCUUGUCCACGCUGUCAAUCAUCUGGUAAACCAUGUGAUUAGAUCAGGGUCAUCACUUUCAUUGUUCCAGACAAUGCCACUGAUUUCUCUGCUGCUGAUUGCUUGAACGAACUGCAGAUGAUGUCAUUUACUGUCUUGGGGUGAAUAGGGUCUGAUUGAUGAGGUAAGAUCAAACUCAAGUGUAUGUUAGCAACGUAUCUAUGUAUUCUGCAUAUAUAAAAUGACAAUGAGAUGUUGUGAAAUGAAAUUUGUCAGACUAUAAGGUGGAAGUAGCAAUGUCUUGUGAAAUAGAACUGAUCAACAUGUUUGUAGUUUGAUAUUGUUCCCUAUGUUUAUAAUACCUUUUUAAGUUUAGAGUGUUUUUGUUUUGGUUGCACUUAUAAUUUCUGCCAACCAAGUUUAGAAUAUUAUAUGUGAUUAUCAUGUCUGCCAUUAACUUGUGAAAGCUUAAUCUGAUUAGGCCUACAUGUAUGACCACAGUGACCCAGCCUCUAUUUUGUACUACUUCCUAGAAAUCUGUGCUCGUAUCAGUUCACUU